GUAUGCGUGUGUGUGUGUGUGUGUGUGGUGUGUGACGUAGGAUUGGGCGAAUUUGAAAACAUCGGUGAGGUAAUCGAUCGAUCGAACAAACUGCCCAUCCCUUACUCUCAUUUAUCGAUAAAUAGUCAGAAAGCGAUUGUAUCGCGGCCAUCACGGGAUGGGACUCAUGGGACGGGGGGCAGUCGUCGUCAGUCGUCGUUGUAGUCGUCAGUCUUCAGUGGUCCUCAGUUCCGCUCGGGCUCGGUUCCAGUCGGUAGUGUGUUAACGCUGGCGUUCGUUACGGAAGCUGGGAAAAAUCACGGAGUAAAGGGCGUGUAAGAUGUACGAGUGCCGGAGCUCUCGGACUCUUGGCUCGGUCACGGCCUCGGCCUCGGUGACGCCGCCGGGAGCGACGACGAGCAGCGGCGCGUGGAACACGACGACGAGAGCAGCGCGCGGAUACAAUCGAGUAGCUGUGGCUUAGCUGUCGAGUGUCGAAAGUAAGGAGAGCCCACAGCUAAGGAGCUGUCCGCGAGAGAGCGAGAGACGCGAGACGCGAGAGAUGUCUGCGUCCUAAGGAGUCGUGUACCGAUCGACCGACCGAUCGACCGACCGACCGACCGACGGAUGGAUGGACGGAUGUCUUGGCCGAUUUCUCGUCGUUGCUGACGCGAUGCCCUUUGCUGAAAAUUCCACGAACUUAUCUUAGACAAGCGCGCGUGACUCUCGAGCACUCGGUGAAAUGUUUUCGUCGCCGGCGUCAGCGGCGGGCGAGCCGUCGGGCUACGAUUUUCAGAAAGAGGAGAACGCUGCCAAGUGGAAGGGAGUGUUUGUCAACUCCCUGCGCAAGGUACUAGAACAAGUACAUCCUAGUCUUGAAGCUCGACAAGAUGCCUUAGACUACGUGGAGAGUUUAAUUUUAAGAAUGCUAGGCAUGCUUUGUGGACAUCCACCUCCUCAGACUCCUCAAGAUGUAGAGGAAAGAGUAAGACGAACGUUUCCUACACCCAUCGAUAGAUGGGCUCUUCGUGAUGCGAGAGAUGCUUUAGAGAAAGGAAAAAAGAAGUCGCCGUUAGUACUACCAGUUGACAAGAUUCAUCAGUUAUUACAAAAAGAAGUAUUACAGCAUAAAAUUGAUUCGCAAGUUAGUCUUUUUGUAGUCGGUGUUUUGGAAUACAUUUCCGCUGAUAUUUUGAAGCUAGCUGGAAAUUAUGUGAAAAAUAUUCACCAUGUAGAGAUUUCCUGUGAAGACAUAAGAGUCGCGAUGUACGCGGAUGUGGUACUGAUGGACAUGUUUCAUCAAGAUGAUUGUACGGAAGGUCCACAGAGUAGCUUGGGUACAGUUGUUUCGCAGACUUAUGAAGAGUCUGUUCGAGAUCUCAUUCAUGAUGAACGGCAUUACAUCCGUGACUUACAUAUGAUUAUCAAAGUAUUUCGUGAAGAAAUUGCAAAGUUAGCACAAGAUAAGGGUGAACUGGAGACGCUUUUCAGUAAUAUUACAGAUAUUUAUGAAGUUACUAUGACAUUACUCGGCAGUUUAGAAGAUAUAAUGGAAAUUACUGCUGAAGAGAAACAAACACCUACAGUUGGUUCGUGUUUUGAAGAAUUAGCAGAGGCAGCAGAAUUUGAUGUGUAUAUAAAAUAUGCGAAAGAUAUUAAUAGUCCAGCUAGUCGGGAAGUUUUAACAAAUUUACUAUCAAGACCCGAAGCAAGUGCGGCUCUACGAGCAGCAGGCCAUGGUUUUAAAGAGGCUGUUAAAUAUUAUCUGCCAAAACUUCUAUUGCAACCUAUAUGGCACUGCUUCCUGUAUUUUGAUUACAUAAAGGUUUUACAUACGCGUACAACUAAUACAGAGGAUGCCGAAACGCUGGAACAGGUGCAAGGUUUGUUAAGACCACUACAAAUGGAAUUAAUGCAAUCUGUAGCAAGUCUUCCAAAAAAGGAUACGAGCUUGCGAAUGCAGAGCAGAGCAAGGAGGCAAGCGGUACUGGAGAAAAUUAAUGAACUACAAAAGACUGUAGACGGUUGGGAUCAAAAAGAUAUCGGGCAGUGUUGCAAUGAAUUUAUUAGAGAGGAUACGUUGAAAAAAGUGGCUAGUAAUGGACGAAGAUUAACAGAAAGGAAAGCUUUGUUAUUUGAUGGUUUAUUAAUAUUGUGUAAACCAACUGGUAGUAAAAGAGUCAGCGUUACCGUUGCAGCAGGUAUCGUAGCAGUCGGAGUAGGUGGACAUUCGACUCACCAAGGUGAACUCCGAUUAAAAGAGAGACUUUUCAUUAGAAAAGUCGAUAUUAUUGAUAGAGAAGAUACCGAAGAAUUAAAAAAUGCUUUUGAAAUUGCACCAAGGGACCACCCUAAUGUUAUUCUUGUUGCCAAAUCUGUCGAAGAUAAGAAUAAUUGGAUGGCGGAUUUAGUCAUGUUGAAUACAAAAAGUAUGUUAGAAAGAACUUUAGAUAGCAUCCUCUUGGACGAGGAAAGAAAGCACCCGUUGAGGCUACCUCCAUCUCACUUAUAUAAAUUUGCCGAACAAGAUAGUUCGGAAAAUAUUGUUUUGGAGGCCAGAGAAAAUGGCGGUGUUCCCUUGAUUAAGGGUGCAACUUUGAUAAAAUUAGUAGAGAGAUUAACUUAUCACAUAUAUGCUGAUCCAGCUUUUGUAAGAACAUUCCUUACUACUUACAGGAGUUUUUGCUCACCUCAAGAAUUAUUGACAUUGUUAAUAGAAAGAUUUGAUAUACCAGAUCCUUCAUUAGUCUAUGGUGAAGAAGAAAAACCUUCUGUAUGUAAGACAGCUAGAGAAGAUUGGAAAAGAUAUAGGAAAGAAUUUUGUCAGCCAGUGCAGUUUAGAGUUUUAAACGUUUUAAGACAUUGGGUGGAUCAUCAUUUUUACGAUUUUGAACGUGAUAGAAAUCUUUUGGAAAGAUUGCAAUUAUUUUUGGAUACAGUUAGUGGUAAAUCCAUGCGGAAAUGGGUUGAUUCAGUAAUAAAAAUUGUACAAAGAAAAUGCGAGCCAUCGGAACAACGACCUAUCACAUUUAGUUUUGAACGAUCUCCUCCACCGGUUGAGUGGCAUCUUAAAGUUCCUGAAGAAGAAUAUGGAAUACUUACGUUACAUCCUAUCGAAUUAGCAAGACAAUUAACAUUAUUGGAGUUUGAUCUGUAUAGAACAGUAAAGCCUUCCGAAUUAGUCGGAUCUGUAUGGACAAAAAAGGAUAAGGAAAAGACAUCACCAAAUCUGCUGAAAAUGAUUAAGCAUACAACAAAUUUUACAAGAUGGUUAGAAAAGACAAUAGUAGAAGCUGAAAAUUUCGACGAGAGAUUAGCCAUUAUAUCACGUGCAAUCGAAGUAAUGAUGGUGCUGCAAGAUCUCAAUAAUUUUAACGGCGUUCUAGCUGUUAUCAGUGCUAUGGGAUCGGCUUCGGUUUUCAGAUUAAAGUGUACAUUUCAGCAAUUACCUGCACGAUUAGAAAAAGCGUUGGAAGAAGCACGAGAGCUUAAUAACGACCAUUUUCGGAAGUAUCAAGAGAAACUAAGAUCUAUCAAUCCACCUUGCGUACCAUUCUUUGGUAUGUACUUGACUAAUAUUCUGCAUAUUGAAGAAGGAAAUUCAGAUUAUUUACCAGGAAGUCCGGAGCUUAUUAAUUUUAGCAAACGCCGAAAAGUAGCAGAAAUAACUGGUGAAAUACAACAGUAUCAAAAUCAACCCUAUUGUCUUUUGGUGGAGUCUAGAAUAAGGCAAUUUCUUGAAAAUCUAUGUCCUUUUGAUCCUAAUAUGAAAGACGCGGAUAUAAGCAAUUAUUUAUAUAAUAAAAGCUUAGAAAUAGAACCAAGAGGAUGCAGGCAACCUCCACGAUUUCCGCGUAAAUGGCCAGAGUUGAACUUGAAAUCGCCAGGAAUCAAAGCUAGAAGCGGAAGAUUACCAGCUCCGUUACAUGUGGUAACAUCCAGCGUAAGAUUACACGAGUCUCCAGCGGACGCGUUUCCCCACGGAUUACCGGAAACACCUCCACAUGGAUCACAAAUCACAAUUCCACAUGUAAUGGACCAUAGCGUUUUUGUGCCUGUCUUAUUAGGUAUGCAUUUAUACUUAAAUCACGUAUUAAUUACAAUUAUAAAUAUAACUCUCGUCGUUUAUUCUAUAGCAUCUGUGCCACCGGCAUCACCUAGUCCACCUAGCAUGUCGGCGCUUUCACUCGCUUCGUCGGGUAGCAGCCCUCAAUCUCCUGGACAUUUCUUUACGAAUCCUCAAACUCACUUCGUCUUUAAUAGCACUAUAAACAUGAUAAGUCCUACAACGUCUCUACCGUUGCCAGGUGGCAGUCCCAGUGCAAUACAAACACCAUCGUUUCCCAAUAAUGUACCUCCUAGCCAACCUCCACCACCUUUACCACCCAGACCUAAACCCAGACGAGAAGGUUCAUGCAGCGAAUCGCCGCAACAAGCAAAACAAGCUCCAAAUGCACCAAUUCUUCCUCCGAGAGAUGAUAUUUCGCCACCGCCGUUACCACCGCGACCUGUACCAUCACGACUUCCAGCGACGCUAAACCCGAGUAGUUCGGCAAUAUUAACGCGUCGAAAUUCCACGUUAGAAAAUACAGGCUGUACUGUCAUUCAUCCACGGAGACAUAUGUCUUUUAAUAGUUCUAGCCCUACAAAACUUCCACCAACGCAGCCUAACGGAUCAGUAACGCCGAGGUUACCACCAAAACCUUUACCAGGACGUCCACCUACUACCAUGUUUAAUUUUACCCCUCCUGGACCUAGCUAAGUGUUGCUCUUUCCACACAAUUUUAUUUUUUUACUUUAUUGGAAAAAUAUUUUCAGUCGCAGCUUAGUCCAUUUGGUAAGUAAAGUUGAAAUUUUUUGCCACACAAAAAAACAUAAUCUAAUAUUAGGUUUGACAUGAAUUGCACAUUUUAGCAAAUUUUCAACUAGCGCUAAUCCUCUUAUCUAACCUGUAGCGAUCGUGGUACAGAGAGUCGUGCGUCUACUCUCUAUGCCGAAGAUUCGGGUUAGGUUCAUAUCUCACUGAUUUAAAACAUUUGAUUUUAUUCGACUGUUACCUCUCGCAAGACAAUAGCAAACCACCGAGAGGUAUCUUGUCAAGAGAAUUUCUCUAGAUAAAGCCGUUAAACUGUAAGUCCCGUAUAUCUGUGUAAAUUGUAAACAGCGCACAUCACAGAAAUACGUCGAGAGGUCGCUACGCUCUGAUAAGAGUUAAGGACUAGAUGUAUGUAUGUAAUUCUCUUAUUUCACCAACCCGCGUGUUGUCCGAGUUCCAAGUUUUAAUGAUGCCCAUCCUCUUUUUUGAUUCGCGAGAACGAUUUGACCAAGAAUAAAAGUAGAAUAACACAAAGUCUAAAGUGUAUGAUGUUAGCCCCCCCCCUUUUUUUUUGAAAAUUACAAUUUCGAAAGUUGCGUGCUGUCCGAGUAUCAAUUGUUAUUUGGAAUGAGCAUGAAGUGAGACAAGGGCAAAGCGUAAAGUUGAAAAUAGGCCGGCAAGUACAAUUCGUGCAGAGUCCUGAUAGAUUGAUGGAUUGCAAAUAAAGUAUUUGUAUUAGUGCCAAAUUAUUAAAUGCAAAAAUAGAAAAAAAUGUUAAAUGAUUAUUUGAUAAUUUUUUUGAUAAAUUUUCAAGUUUUCCUAUUUAAAAUAGUACUUAGUAUUUUUAUCACAUUUUAUAAUCUUACUGAAUAGACUACGCUCAGUAUCAGUUACCUGAAUGGCUUCCUUUAAAUUCCCAUCUCUCCUUCAAACACAACUGUGAUAUAGUUUUCAUGUAAAAAAUAUGUUAAUGUAAUUAGACAUUUAGCUCUUAAAGUAAUAGACGUAAGAAAGUGAUGUGUAUCGAAAUGAACAUGUAUACAAAAACAUGUACACACACACGCACACACGCGCGCACGCGCACACACACACACACACACACACACACACACA